AUGGCGCUACGCUGUGCGCAAGAUCAGCGACCACAUCACUGUGGUUGUCAACCUGGUGCGGCCUGUCUCUACGCCUGGGAGCUCACCCUUCAAUCCGCGGACCCACUGGUACAGCCGGACAUCAACCUCAACUUCUUUGCCGAUGACCUGGACGUCAUUGCAAGGCGCGAGUGUCUUUGUUUCACUUCCGGUGUCCUCAUCAAGGGCGAGUGCUUCAAGGACCUGGCCGUCUCAGAGUACCCUUGGGAGAUGCCACUUCAAUCGGACGUUGAGAUGAAGCAUCCCGUUUAA